AUGCCUCGCGGCCGUAAGACCAAAGCGAGCACUGGCUCCUCUGCCGCUCAAGCCCAAUCUACGCUCUCGUUCAACAGCAAAUCGGCACGAGUGACCAAACCGAGCGCCAGACCAGAUGAAGCCAAGAAGAACCCGCUAGCCAAAUCGUUAUCAGAACCAGCGCAGGCGCAGAUUGAAGAGGAGGUGACGGCGAUCGAAACGCUCGAGUCCGGACAGGAGGAGGCCCGGUCUGUGGAUGUGGAAGCAGCGAAGGCAGAGCCAAGUCAGAUCAAAGUCAACAUUCUAGAUUCACCGGCAGAAGAAGCGCAGACGCAGAGACUGAAACCAAGGGCGAAGCGAACACGAGUCCAAGGGGGAAAAGAUGCGCGCGAACUUGAGGCAGAGAAGGUCACGGAUUCGCAGAUCAAGAAGUACUGGCGGGCCGAGGAGGACAGCCGACUUGCUCCUAGAGUCCAUCAAGAAACGCUCUCCCUCCAUGAGAAGAUCCUACGCCACUUCGACCUCUCGUCCCAGUACGGUCCGUGCAUCGGUAUAUCACGGCUCCAGCGCUGGAAACGGGCCAACCUGCUCGGUCUAGAACCACCCGUCGAAGUACUCGCCGUGCUGUUGCGCGAAGAGGAUAAGAAGACCAGUCAGGGCUGCGGGAAACUCGCCUACAUCGAUGAGCUGGCCGGAGGAAGGGUCAUCCUUGUCGAGUAG